GCUGACACAACUCAGCGAGCACAUACGCGUCCGGCGGCGCCACGAAACUCGUCAAAAUAGCGAAAACAGAACCAUCUCGGGACCAUCAACUAAACCGGUGGAGUCGCUGCGAACACAAUGCGCCGGCUAGCACGACUAGGAUGGACAACAUUGUCGGGUUCCUGCUCAAAGCAGGUGGCAGCGGCAGAGGAGGCUGCGGGCGCGUUGCUUGGGCGCAACGCAACGAGAGGUGUUGCGUCGACAGGGCUGGCCGCCACGGAGGAGACAGCCUCCAAGGGCGCGGCUGCGGCGGUGAUGUUCGUGCCCAGCGCUGUAUGCGCAUGCCUAGCCUACUGGCAGUAUGAGCGCAUGCGCUGGAAGGAGGAGCUGAUUGCCACGCGCGAGCGGGUGGCCACGUCGGAGCCGGUGGACAUCUUCAGCCUGGAGCAGCCGGCCGACUACGACAAGGUGUCAGUCACCGGCCGCUUCCUGCACGAGUACAGCCUGUACGUGGGGCCGCGCCCGCGCAGCAUUCCUGGUCAGGGCAUCCGGCCCGGCUACCUGCUCAUUACGCCCAUGGUCGCUGCCGACAGGAAGGGUGUGGUGCUGGUGAACCGGGGCUGGGUGCCGGCGGAAUGGAAAGCAGAUGCGCAAGCCCAGGCCGCUAAGACCAUCCAGGAGCGAGAGGCGCGGGAGGCCGCCGCCAAGGCGGAGAAGGACAAGGCUGCCUCGGCAACAGUGGCGGCGGGGUCGGGCAAGGGCGGCGGUUGGUUCGGCCGCGGCAAGGAGGCGGCGAAGCCGGCGCCGGCGGCGGUUGUCGCGCCGGCUAAACCGGAGCCGGUGACGGUGCUAGGUGUAAUCCAGCCCGAUGAGGAGCCCAACCAGUUCAUGCCGGCCAACGCGCCUGACUCGGACGAGUUCCACUACAUCCAGCGUGAGCAGAUGGCGCGCACACUGGGCCUGCCCGCCGACACGCCGCUGGUGCUGGUGGUCACCUCCGACGCCAGCGCCGCGGUGCCGGUGCAGCAGCGCUCGCCGCUGGAGCAGUCGCGCGCGGCGGCGCUGGGCGGCCCUGAGGACGCCGCCGCUGCCAGCUAUCCGGCGCCCAAGCACGUGGGCGACCUGGUGCGGUUCACCACCAUGCCGUCCGACCACCGCAACUACGCGCUCAUCUGGGCCACGCUGUGUGUGGUGCUGGCAGCCAUGGGGCGCACCGCGGUGACCAAGCCGCUGCGCGGCCCGCGCAUCGUGGACUAUCAGGCGGACGCGCGCGCGGCGUGGGGCAAGAGCCACAACGCGCAGUAGGCCGAGCGGGCGGCGGCUGCAAGGUGGCUGGAGGUGAUGUUGUGUGCCCUAGCGCCCGAGUGCGACGAUUGAAUGGUGUGGGGGCUGUUGCUGCAGUGCGCGGUCGCGCGGAUGCGCGGUGUUGCCCGGCGUUCUUUCACGUCAGUGAGGACUGCCCGAUUGGGCUAGGCUGGAACACGAGUAUGAACAUACGGUAACCCUGCUAGCAAGCUCACGGCCGGUCGCUCGCUUGGGAGCCUUGAGGGGAGUCAUGCUAGCUAGUAUUGGCCUUGAUGCCUAUUUUGACGGUUUGCUGGCGCUGGCCGCUAGGCGCCAUCUUGGCAUGUAGCGGUUUGGAGCG